AACACUGGCUGGACCAAGCUGUUUGAUACCAUCCAGAGUGCCCGAGGCAGUCAAGCAAUGGAGGAUGAAGAGAUACACAAUUCUGAGUGCUUACUGGAAUUUUACCCUGAGCAAUGCCACUGUUGGAAGCGAAUUGUCAACUGCUCAAGCCAAGGACUACAGUUUGUCCCUCCGGUAUCUCCUAAUGUGACAGCUCUUUAUCUGAAAGACAACAAAAUCAAAUCAUUGCCUGAUGGUGUCUUUCGUCUUUACCAGAACUUGGAGAAGCUCUUUCUUCAAAACAACAAACUGCGGUCCAUCACACGCCUUACGUUUUCAGGACUCUUCAGUCUUCAGAUGCUCUUCCUUAGUGACAAUCGAAUCAAGACCCUGAAGGCUGAUAUGUUCAAGGAUCUUCACUCCUUGGAAUGGCUGAUAUUAGAUAAUAACAGAGUUGCCAAAAUUGUUCCUGGAGCAUUCAAAGGCCUGAAGUCUCUAUAUUUCCUGUAUAUGUUGAACAAUUCUAUAAGUGAAAUCCCUAAGAAUUCCUUAUGCAUAGAAAUGCCUCGUCUCAACUGGCUGGACCUGGAAGGAAAUCGUAUGCACACAAUUCGUGACUCUGUGUUUCAGGAGUGCAUAACUGUCUUGAUUCUGCGCAGAAACAGGGUACGAAAAAUCCAGCAGAUAGCAUUCUCCCAGCUGAGCAAACUGGUGGAUCUAGACCUUUCUGUCAACCAGAUUGUGAACCUGCCUCUGCCAUUAUUCAGCAACCUGCAAGAACUUCAACAACUGAAUAUUUCCUCCAACCCCCUGAACCACAUCCUACACAACCAGUUUGAUUUUUUGACCAACCUGCAGUCUCUAAUCAUGGAGGAUAUAGAGAUUCCCAACAUUCAUAAUCGCAUGUUUUCUAGUCUGGUAAACCUGUCACACAUAUACUUCAAAAAGUUCCAGUAUUGUAGUUAUGCUCCUCACGUGCGCAGCUGCAAGCCCAACAGCGAUGGCAUCUCUUCCUUUGAAAAUCUGCUGGCCAACAUUUUACUCCGGGUCUUUGUCUGGGUUAUGGCCUGUGUAACCUGCUUUGGAAACCUGUUUGUGAUCUGCAUGAGGUCCUUCAUAGUUACUGAAAACUUGCAGCAUGCAUUGUCAAUCAAAUCUCUUUGCUGUGCAGACUGCCUGAUGGGAUUCUACCUUUUCUGCCUCGGUGCCUUUGAUAUAAAGUUUCAGGGAGAAUACAACAAACACGCCCAGGCAUGGAUGGAGAGUUGGGAGUGUAAGCUGGUUGGCUCUUUGGCCAUGUUGUCCUCUGAGGUUUCAGUUAUGAUGCUGACAUACAUGACUCUUGAAAAGUACCUUUGCAUCGUCUUUCCAUUCAGCCACUUCCGAGCAGGCCGUGGACAGACCUUAGGCACACUUGUAGCCAUUUGGGUACUCGGCUUCUUUAUUACCAUCAUUCCUUUCUUUAGCUAUGACACAUUUGGCAACUUCUAUGGAAGGAAUGGGGUUUGUUUUCCAUUGCAGUCAGACAGCACAGAGAAAUUUGGAGCAAGAAGAUAUUCUAUCAGCAUAUUCCUAGGACUGAACUUGUUAGCUUUUAUCACCAUCGUCUUCUCCUACAGCAGCAUGUUCUACUCCAUUCACAAGACCGGUGCCAAAACAGCAGAACGGAGCGUCCUCUCCCGCGAGGUCACCAUAGCCAAGAGGUUCUUCUUCAUAGUGUUCACCGAUGCCCUCUGCUGGAUUCCUAUAUUUCUGCUGAAGGCUGUGUCACUCACCGAGGCAGAGAUUCCAGGCACCAUUACCUCAUGGGUUGUGAUCUUCAUUCUGCCAAUUAACAGUGCGCUGAAUCCCAUCCUGUACACACUGACGACGUCAUCCUUUCAGGAAAAACUCAAGCAGUGUCUGCAAAGUAAAAGACACCAACUCCAAGAUUCUGGCAAAAACUUUACUCUGGUCUCUAUAAACACCAACACCGCCUGACUCUGCCAGUAUUGUACACUGCACAGAGACUACAUAACUUAAACACUUGCUGGACCCCUGCGGUUCCGAUUUAUUAUCUAAUAGUUGUGCCUUUUAUAAAUCCCUGGUUAUCAGUCCAGAGGGAGUACAAGAACACAACAUCUUCUGGUGGCGGAAUUAGGGGCAACACCUCAUGACAUAUGACUGUGCCUUUCAGUCCUAAAACUAUAGGGUUUAGGACUAUGCUGCUUAGAGGCACAUAGCACUUUUCAAUGGCGAUGCUGUCUCACAUUACUAACGUGGACAUUAAAAUACCAGAAGACACCUGUGAAUAAUGGACUCUUGGCAAACUUUGAAGAUGAGAUAUAUUUCCCCAACACAGAUAUCAGCAAGGUGAACACCACACUGCACCCAAGUUUAUAGGACGGGAGCUUAGCUAUCCUUCACUACAGCUGUGAUAACAUUGGAAAAGACUCACUGUAAAAUGACAUGGACCAUACUUAUAAACAGGGGAACAUUGCUACUUGGCAAAAGUGAAGAAAGAAGUUGCUGAAUUGAAGACUCUUGAACAGAUAACAACAUAAGUGUUAAGAGUUGGAUUUAUGGACUAUAUAUACACAAUAUGAUGUAAGGGGGAAUAUAGGUGUACAUAUAUUUAUAAAUUCCUUAUUACAA